AGAGCGUCUGCGGCGUGCCUCGGCUCCGUCAUCAGCGUCUGUCCUGCAGUUUUUCUCGCCUUUUUGUACAGUUUUUGCGGACAUGAACAGUGUCGGGGAGGCGUGCACAGACCUGAAGCGGGAGUAUGACCAGUGCUUUAACCGCUGGUUCGCUGAAAAGUUCCUAAAAGGCGACAGAAGCGGAGACCCGUGCAGCGAGAGCUUCAGGACGUACCAGCGCUGCGUGCACAAGGCCAUCAAGGACAAGGACAUCCCCAUAGACGGCGUGGAGUUCAUGGGCCCGAGCAAAGACAAGCCCGAGACCUGAGGACCCGCCGGGACAACCGGGACUUUACCGGGACUUUACCGGGACUUUACCGGGACUUUACCGGGAAAAAGGUGACUUGUGGCCAAGUGCGCAAUGAAGCCACUGGGCAUGCGCAGAAGCGGACACUGGGCAUGCGCAGACGGAGACACUCGGACUAAGGAACUGGAAAUGAGAAAGUUUAAUCAAUAUUUCUGAGGGUUUUUUUUUACUGUAACAUUACGUCACAUGUGCGUCUAAUUAUUAGUUUAAUUUGUUUUCUAACAAAAAUGUGAGAAAGGGAUUUGUAAAGUUUGACCUGGAAGCAAAAUGUAAAGAAAACAGCAUCAGACUAAUCCAUUCUUUUUCACUUUAGUGUUAAUUUCGGCCCAUUUCAGAUGUGUGAGAUGUGUCAUUUGUGUUUCAUUUAUAAAUGUUAUGUUUUUAAAGAUUUGGGGAUAAAC